ACAUCUUAUCGUUCCCACACAUCGCUUCUCCUCCAGCCUCCCUUCGAAAAGCAGAGAAGAGUAGAGCGCCGCCUACCGGAAAAUGGUUCAACGACUCACAUACCGUAAACGGCACAGCUAUGCCACCAAGUCGAAUCAACAUCGGGUUGUUAAAACCCCUGGUGGCAAGCUAGUAUAUCAGACCACCAAGAAGAGGGCAAGUGGACCUAAGUGCCCUGUUACUGGAAAGAGAAUCCAAGGGAUUCCUCACUUGAGACCUACUGAGUACAAGAGAUCAAGAUUAUCCAGGAACAGAAGAACUGUUAAUCGUGCUUAUGGUGGUGUGCUUUCUGCAGGUGCUGUAAGAGAAAGGAUAAUUAGGGCUUUUUUGGUUGAAGAACAAAAGAUUGUGAAGAAGGUGUUGAAGAUCCAAAAGGCAAAAGAAAAGACUGCUGGCAAGAGCUAGAGAGAGUAAUUUUGGGUGAAUCUGUAAUCGGAUCUAUGCUUGCUUUGAUUACUUUUUUAGAUUUUUCUUCUUCCUGUUUUAAUUGUUUUUUGAUUUCCAUUAUGGUUUGGAUAUUCUGUUUUUGUUGUUUUUACUUUGAAAUUACCUUAUAAAUUCCAUGUUUUAGAUA